CAACUUUAAAAUAACUUGAUAUCUGGGUAGUAAUGUCAAUAUGUUACAUUAAUCUACUUGCUGAAAAGCACGCUGAAGAAUAUGAGAUUAUAUCUCCAUAUGAGAUCAACUACCAAGGUAUUUACAUCUCUCACGAAAUCGCCCACCACCAGCGCAGAAGGCGUCGUAGAGCCCUUACUCCAGAUGCAGGCUCACCAGGCACUAAUAGCAGCACUGAAACAGUCCACUUCCGGCUGAGUGGCUUGGGGCAGGACUUCCACAUGGAGCUGAGGGCAGUCUCAGAAAGCUUGAUUGCACCUGGCUUCACUAUCCAGGUCCUGGGAAAGAACGGCACCAAAAGCCUGAGGGCCUACCACCAGGACGACCUCUGCUUUUACCAGGGCUCGUUGAGGUGGAGGGUUAAGUCCUCCGUGGCACUGUCAACAUGCAUGGGAUUGUCAGGUUUGAUCAGAACACAGGAUGGGGACUACUUUGUGAGACCUGUGUCCCCCAGGCUUGCCCAGAGAGAGAACUUCACAGCACCCUCCAGUCAUCAGCCACACAUCCUCUACAAGAGUGAAAGCAGCUCCCAGAAAGAGCAGAGAAGUCAUCCACCUCCACGGCUUCAAAAGAGAUUUGCAGAUUUAACUCCUAAUAAAUCACGCAGACACACUGUCACCAAGAGAUCCACAAACUCUCAUACAGAUCCCGCCUACAACGCAGUUAAUGAAGAUCAAUAUGGGGUCCAGGAAAAACCGCAAAGUGACUUUCACCAUUAUCGCCAUGGCCACACUUACAACAGCAGUCAUGGUGACCCAUUGGAGCAUCAUCUAAGCCGCCAUCACCACGCCAGUGACUACAGACACUGGGAGAAGCAGAGGCAACACUUCUGUGGGAGAAGGAAGAAAUACAUGCCCAAACCCCCAGAGGAGGAUGUUUUUAUCCUCCCAGAUGAGUACAGAUUCAUCCCCAGGAACAAAAGGGCAGUGCUGAUGAAGAACCAAGUCAAUCAGAAGCUCAAUGUGGAGACGCUGGUGGUGGUGGACAGAAAGAUGAUGGACAACCACGGCCAGGAGAACGUUACCACAUAUGUUCUUACUGUGCUUAAUAUGGUCUCCAGUCUCUUCAAAGAUGGCACAAUAGGUGGGAACAUUAACAUAGUGAUAGUGGGCCUCAUGCUUCUGGAUGAGGAGCAGGAUGGUUUGGUGAUCAACCACCAUGCAGACCACACACUGAACAGCUUCUGCCACUGGCAGUCCACUCUGGGAGGCAGACAAGGCCGGCACCAUGACCAUGCCAUCCUUCUCACAGGACUUGACAUUUGCUCGUGGAAGAAUGAACCGUGUGACACUCUUGGUUUUGCUCCAAUUAGUGGGAUGUGCAGCAAGUACCGGAGCUGCACCGUUAAUGAAGACACUGGCCUGGGUCUGGCCUUCACCAUUGCCCAUGAAUCUGGACACAAUUUCGGAAUGGUCCAUGAUGGGGAAGGGAAUGUUUGUAAGAAGUCAGAGGGCAACAUCAUGUCUCCCACAUUAGCUGGUCACAAUGGUAUCUUCUCCUGGUCUCCCUGCAGCCGCCAGUAUCUCAGCCGCUUCCUCAAUUCUGCCCAGGCUCUGUGCCUAUCGGAUGAACCCAGAGCACUUAAGGAGUAUCAGUACCCCGAGAAGCUGCCCGGCGAACUGUACGAUGCAGACACACAGUGCAAAUGGCAGUUUGGGGAGAAGGCCAAACUCUGCACCCUCGAUUUUAAGAAGGAUAUCUGCAAGGCUUUGUGGUGCCACCGUGUUGGAAGGAAGUGUGAGACCAAAUUCAUGCCAGCUGCUGAAGGCUCUGCCUGUGGCCCUGCUAUGUGGUGUCGUAGGGGCCAAUGUGUCAAACAGGGUGACGAGGGCCCAAGACCUCAGCAUGGCAGCUGGUCCGACUGGUCAUCCUGGUCUGCUUGCUCACGAAGCUGCGAGAGUGGAGUUACCUACCGUGACAGGCAGUGCAACAAUCCCAGACCUGCAUAUGGAGGGAAGUUCUGUGAGGGCUCCCCCAGGUUGUACAAACUUUGCAACACUGAGGAUUGUCCUGCCAACACCACCGACUACAGAGCACAGCAGUGUGCUGAAUUCAACAGCAAACAGUUCAGAGGAUGGCACUACACCUGGAGACCAUACACUAGAGUAGAUGAUCAAGAUGUAUGUAAACUGUACUGCUUAGCUGAAGGUUAUGAUUUCUUCUUCGCCCUGGCCAGUAAAGUUAAGGACGGGACGCUUUGCACAGAAGACAGCUCUAAUGUUUGCAUUGACGGGCUGUGUGAGAGAGUGGGCUGUGACCGUGUGCUGGGUUCCACAGCUGUACCUGAUUCAUGUGGGGUGUGUAAAGGAGACAACUCCACCUGCAAGAUCUACAAAGGACAAUACACUAAGCAGUAUUAUACUAACCAGUACUAUGGGGUGGUAACCAUCCCAGCAGGAGCUCGGAGUAUCCGCGUGAUGGAACUGAAUGCAUCCAGUUCCUACCUGGCUGUCAGGAACACCCAGAAACACUACUACCUCAACGGACACUGGACAGUUGACAGGCCAGGUCAACACCACUUUGCUGGAGCCAUUUUUGAGUACAAGAUACCCUAUAACAGACCAGAGAGCCUCAUAUCAACUGGUCCCACCAAUGAGACAUUGGUCAUAGAGAUAUUAUUGCAAGGCCGGAACCCAGGGGUACGUUGGGAAUAUGCUCAGAGGAAAGCCGAAGAGAAGAAGAAUCACAGUAAACACAAUUAUACAUGGGCUAUCGUACGCUCCCAGUGCUCAGCAACUUGUGCCGGAGGCCAGAUGAGCACCAAGUCAGCAUGCUACAAAGACCUACGAGCGCAGGUGAACACAUCCUACUGCAAUCCCAAAUCAAGACCAGCUACUGGAUUGAUGCCCUGCAACACCCAGCCAUGCCCUGCAAGCUGGUCUCUAGGAGAGUGGGGGAUGUGUAGCCGGAGCUGUGGAGGAGGAGAACAGAUGCGCCAGGUCCGAUGCGUCCAGAAAACCAGACAGGCCAACAUAGACACACUGGCUGAUUCUCACUGUCCCCAACCUACACCAGCCAGGGGACAAGCUUGCAACACCCAUAGCUGCCCACCAGUUUGGACCACUGGACCAUGGUCACAGUGUUCUCGCAAGUGUGGCAAUGGCUUGAAAAAGAGGACAGUUCUGUGUAUGAGCACCGGCCCAGGUACCCAGACACACACGCUUGCAGACACUUUGUGUGCAGGUCUGCCAAAACCUGACAGUCAAGAAACCUGCUUCAUUAAACGUUGCCAGAAACAACGCAAGGUCCAGUGGUUUGUCUCAACAUGGCAAGAGUGUUCAGUAACAUGUGGUAGUGGCUAUCAGGCACGGUUCAUCAAGUGUGCAGAGAAGGACACCGCAGGUAAAUAUAGAGAGCUUGCUGCCAAGAAGUGCCACCAUGUCCCCAAGCCCAUAGUGGAGCUCCAAAGGCCCUGCAUCCUGGCUAUGUGCCCUGUCCGCACUACCCCAGCAGUCCACCAAUGGAGCAUGCAUCAUCGCAUCUAUCCAGCGCAGCCACCCCCUCAACCUCUGCUUCGACCAGAAUGGCACUCCUCUCCUUGGUCUCAGUGCACAGUGACGUGUGGAGGAGGAGUGCAGGCCAGAACGGUCCAAUGUCUGGCUGAGUGGAAACCCUCUCCUGGCUGUGCACUCCAUGUUAAACCCUCAGUGACCCAGGCCUGCAACACCAACGUCUGCACACCAUCUGACAAGAAAGACAUUACAUGUAGGGAUUAUUUUAGCUGGUGUUACCUGGUGCCCCAGCAUGGAGUCUGCAACCACAAGUUCUAUGGCAAGCAAUGCUGCCAGUCCUGUUUGAAUUCAAACCUGUAAUCAUGCAAAGUAAUUCUGUCUGCGUCACAGACAGAUAGGUAGGUAGAUAGACAAGAGACUGUAUUUGACAUCCAUGCUUGAAAAGACUGUGGUUUUGCUUUAAGCCUGUGGUGAGCACUGAUAAACAGAGGACUUUCAAUGGAAGUGCAAGAGAGUUAACGUGCCCUUGUGAUGCUGGACAUCUGGAUACAAGAACUCAGUGCUGACAGCACUACACAAGAAUGUGAUCAGAACAGAGAAUUAUCAGGAGGAACUAGCAAAAUGGGAAUCUUGAUUAAAGCAAA